GGCCGGGCUGGUCCGGAACCAUCCCGACAGUCUCCAGAAAGGAGCGUGGUCAUAAUUUAGGGGCGUGGCCUUGCAGGCAGCAGGAAGAAGUUACCUGUUGAAUCUUCCUAUCCAUUCUCUUCCCAGCCUUUGUAGCUAACCCUAAGAGGGAAGCCGCAAACCACUAGCCUCUUCUGAAAAAGAGGUAAGGGGACGUAGUCAAGGGGCAGCGAAGGAGGCUAUUGCAUUCCUUAGGAGGGGCCAAACAGCUACUUUCUACCUGCUGAGACAGGUGAACAGUUCCAUGGGGGCGGGGACCAGCAUAUGAGAAAAGGGCAAGGACGGAGGAGGUAUUUAUUUGUUCUCUUUCAAGACUAAAUUUAGGGCCCUUCGUCUGCAGACCCAUUGGCGGACUCUGUCUUGGGAACCCUCUUGGCCUCUGGAAGAGAAAAGAACGGGGGCCAGUUUUCCGCAGCAAAAGGAACGGCCCGUCUGGGCUUCCUCCCGUCUGUGUAUUUCCUAGCCCCCAAACGAUAGAGCCAUAUGGCUUCCGCGGUCUGGAGGAGUGCUCCCUGGUGGGGCCCACUGCCCCCAGCCCCAGGCCGGCCGCUCACGGACAUGGACUUCUGCUCUGGGGCGCAGCUGCAAGAACUAACCCAGCUGAUCCAGGAGCUGGGUGUGCAGGCGAGCUGGAGUGAAAUUCCCAAGCCAGGACCAGAUCUCCUCCAGGGCAAGGACUUUGUUUUCUCUUUGCUAGGUCUCGUUCACCGCCGGGACCCUAGCUUUCCUCCUCAGGCAGAGCUCCUGCUGCUUCGUUGCGGGAUUCGCGAGGGCUCCCUGGAUCUGGGGCCUGCGCCUCUAGGUCCCUACGCUCGGGGACCUCACUACGACGCGGGCUUCACACUCCUGGUGCCCGUGCUUUCGCUAGAUGGCACUGGGCAGGAGCUGCAACCGGACGUGGGAUCCUGUUACACAUGGCUCUUCCUUCCAGAUCAGGUACGCGGAACCUCGGUCCGGGAGGCAUGGCAGGAUUGCCUAGGACCCCCAGUCCCAGGAGGACGUGAUUCGAUCCACCCAGCCCAAAACAAAGAAACUCCCAAGGAUCCGCAAAUCUCCGUGGACCAGCCACACGUCACUGAGCCUGAGGCACACGAGUCUUUGGAAAACUCACCUAGUAAUGUUUCAGUGCCAGAGUUGCCUCAACAAGACGUAACCGAUGUUGACUUUCCCUCACCACUGAAAAAAACGAAUGGUGACGUCACCAAAGCAACCGACGUUAGCCCAGUGCCACAGCCGUUGGAGGCUCCGGAGGCAUGGCCCACAUUGUGCCCCGCCCAGGUGGCUGCCUGGUUCUUUGCUUCGCUGGCUGCGGUCGCUGAGUCCCUGUUUCCGGUUCCGGGUGCCCCGCGCUUGGUCCAGGCAGCCCGCCACGCGGGGGUCACCACUAUCCUCCUGGCUACGCCCGGGACCCCGCGCCGCCUCCUGCUUUUCGACUUGAUCCCCGUGGUGUCCGUGGCCGGCUGGCCCCAGGGGCCUGGGAGCCACUCGUGGGCCGGCCCGCUGGCCUCGGAGUCGUCUUCCUUCUACCUGGUGCCCGGCGGCGGCGGCGGCACAGAGCGGCCGGACGCCUCCGGCUCGCAGCUCUGCUUCGCCCGCCAAGAGCUGGCGCUCAAGACACGCAUACCCGUUUCCCUGCUGCACGCGCACGCGGCGGCUCAGGCGCUGCUGCGCCCUCUGGUGGCCGGGACUACGGUCGCGGCGCCCUACCUCCUACGGACGUUGCUCUACUGGGCGUGUGAGCGGCUGCCUGCGCUCUAUUUGCCACGACCCGAGAAUGCGGGCGCCUGCUGCCUCGGGCUGCUGGAUGAACUGGGCCGGGUGCUCGAGGCCGGGACGCUGCCCCACUAUUUUCUGAGUGGCCAAAAGCUCCGUGCGGGGGACGGGGCCGCUUCGCUGCUCGGGGCGUUGGCCCUGCUUCGCAGGGACCCUGCCCGCUCCCUGCGGGCCGCUGUGGAAGAGGCCAAGGCUGCACGCAAGGGGGGAGGCUUAGCCGGCGUGGGAGGCGGGGCCCAUUAAAGACGCUGUUCCUACUAA